CCAGGCUGUGAGGUGGCAGCGGCUGCAGCGGCGGAGCCGGCGCCUCGGGCCCUGGGGUCUGUUCCCCCUUCCCCGCCCUACCCCUGCAAGGGGCGUCGGGGGCGCCGCUCCGGAGGACAGGAGCACAUCCCAGCCCCACGCCCUCACCCCCGCUCCCCGGGACCGGGCUGGCCGCGGCCGCCAUACCCCGGCCGCCCGUUAUCCUCCCGCCGCCGCCCCUGGCCCGGCUGCAGGGGACUCCCCCUGUGGGCCUCGGGGUGUCCCUCGUUGUCCUUCGCCCACUGGCGCAGGCAGGGCUUUUGCCCCCGCUGACGGGCCUGAGAACGGGGUCUUUGCCCUCCGCUCCCCGCCGCGACCUCCAUUCCCGUCGCCAGAACGAACGGGGUCUCCCUGCCCCUCCUCUACAGCCCCGUGACGCAGCCAGUUUUAUUUCUGUUGUGAGACUAACGGCUAACACUCGCUUUGGGCCUUCUUUCUAGGACUAGAGUUGCUCUUUGAUUGCUGAGAGGUAGACAGGGGCGCCGGGCUUGACAGCGGGCGCACCGGAAGCCAGCCGAGCAUCCGUGUGCCUUCACAGGAUCCCUGCGUUGCCGCUAGCUGCUUCUCUUCUCGGUUUGGUUUGGUUCGGUUUGGGUACCCGGGGCUCUGGUAAAACCAAACACCGAAUCGCUCUUACGCGGCCGGGGUUACUGUCAUUGGCCUCCCGUCCCUUCUCAGAGGAUGGCGGGCAGCACCAGCCUCUCAGCAGCGGGGCUUCGGAGAAGAACGCUCUGCAGAGUGGCUUCAUCAGCCACUGUGCUCCUCUGAGAGGCCCUUCGUGCUGAGUCACCACAUCCUCCGUCCGCCUCGUUAGGUGGGCAGAACUUCUGUGCGCGGUGCCAGCGGCUCCUGACCACUCCUGCCUACUGGGAGGGGUGGGCACCCUAGCCGGAUGUUUCCUUAACACUCUGGAAUAGAGCGGAGAGGCCCUGAGCCCAUCCCGGUGCCGUGCCGGCCUGAAGCAGCCAGUCAGCAGCCCCUGCAGUAAACUGAGUGAGACGGGCCCCCGCCAGGCGCUUUCUGGGAGAGGCCUGUGGAGUUAGCUUCCUCUAGCCGGGGGCUGUUGUGUUGAUGGGGCAUGCAUGCGCUUUUCUCCAAGCCCACCUUUAUCGGUUGCUGCCAUCUCUUGGCUUAGAUCCAGUCUACAGAUGCAUGUAGUCCUUUUGGGGUUAGGUUUGACAGGAUUGAGUUUUAUUUCCUCCCGUUUUUACUGGAAGCCUCACCAUUAGUGGGUGAAAUUGAUUCUAAUAUUUACUGUUUGGAGUGAGGGUUAGAUCCAGCACCUUGACAACAGAAGGCCAGGCAGACAUUUCCCGGGGAUGCUGGGCCUGGACGCAAACACGCCUAGUUCUCUUGUUGACCUCCUUGACCCAAGGUUCCCUUGUUAAAAACUGCAGACCUACUCCCGGCUAGGUGCCCAUUUACCCACUGAUCGAUCCUUGAGGCUGUGCCCUCUGGGGCCCGCACAUGGCAGGGCCCACCGCCAUGCGACUGAGCUCAGUGUUGGCUCUGCUGCGACCAGCACUGCCCCUCAUCCUAGGGCUGUCUCUGGGGUGCAGCCUGAGCCUCUUGCGGGUUUCCUGGAUCCAGGGUGAGGGAGAAGAUCCCUGUGUAGCGGCUGUGGGGGAACCAGGAGGGCCACAGAAUCUAGACUCAGGAACUCAGCUUGACCAAAGUGAUGAAGACUUCAAACCCCGGAUUGUCCCCUACUACAGGGAUCCCAACAAGCCCUACAGGAAGGUGCUCAGGACUCGGUACAUCCAGACAGAGCUGGGCUCUCGCGAGCGGUUGCUGGUGGCUGUCCUGACCUCCCGGGCCACACUGUCCACUCUGGCUGUGGCUGUGAACCGCACGGUGGCUCACCACUUCCCUCGGUUACUCUACUUCACUGGGCAGCGAGGGGCCCGGACUCCGGCAGGGAUGCAGGUGGUAUCUCACGGGGACGAACGGCCAGCCUGGCUCAUGUCCGAGACCCUGCGCCAUCUUCACACGCACUUUGGGGCCGACUACGACUGGUUCUUCGUCAUGCAGGAUGACACGUAUGUGCAGGCCCCCCGCCUGGCAGCCCUGGCUGGCCACCUCAGUAUCAACCAAGACCUGUACCUGGGCCGGACGGAGGAGUUCAUUGGCGCAGGCGAGCAGGCCCGAUACUGCCACGGGGGCUUCGGCUACCUGUUGUCACGGAGCCUCCUGCUUCGAUUGUGGCCACAUCUGGAUGGCUGCCGAGGAGAUAUCCUCAGUGCCCGUCCUGAUGAGUGGCUUGGCCGCUGCCUCAUUGACUCUCUGGGCAUCGGCUGUGUCUCACAGCACCAGGGGCAGCAGUAUCGCUCGUUUGAACUGGCCAAAAAUAGGGACCCCGAGAAGGAGGGGAGCUCGGCUUUCCUGAGUGCUUUUGCGGUGCACCCCGUCUCCGAGGGAGCCCUCAUGUACCGGCUCCACAAGCGCUUCAGUGCUCUGGAGCUGGAACGAGCGUACAGUGAAAUAGAACAGCUGCAGGCUCAGAUCCGGAACCUGACCGUGCUGACCCCUGAGGGGGAGGCGGGCCUGAGCUGGCCCAUUGGGCUCCCGGCCCCUUUUACACCGCGCUCUCGUUUUGAGGUGCUGGGCUGGGACUACUUCACAGAGCAGCACACCUUCUCCUGUGCAGACGGGGCCCCCAAGUGCCCGCUGCAAGGGGCUAGCAGGGCAGAUGUGGGUGACGCCGUGGAGACUGCUUUGGAGCAGCUGAAUCGGCGCUAUCAGCCCCGCCUGCGCUUCCGGAAGCAGCGGCUGCUCAACGGCUACCGGCGCUUUGAUCCAGCGCGGGGCAUGGAGUACACCCUGGACCUGCUGCUGGAAGCCGUGACGCAGCGCGGGCACCGGCGGGCCCUGGCCCGCAGGGUCAGCCUGCUGCGGCCCCUGAGCCGGGUGGAGAUCCUCCCCAUGCCCUACGUCACCGAGGCCACCCGCGUGCAGCUGGUACUGCCGCUGUUGGCGGCCGAAGCCGCCGCGGCCCCUGCGUUCCUGGAGGCCUUUGCAGCCGGUGUCCUGGAGCCGCGAGAGCAUGCCUUGCUCACCCUGUUGCUGGUCUACGGGCCGCGGGAAGGGGGCCGAGGGGCCCCGGACCCGUUUCUCGGGGUGAAGGCUGCAGCGGCCGAGUUGGAACGACGGUACCCUGGGACGAGGCUGGCCUGGCUCGCUGUGCGCGCGGAGGCCCCUUCCCAGGUGCGGCUUCUGGACGUGGUCUCUAAGAAGCACCCGGUGGACACGCUCUUCUUCCUCACCACCGUGUGGACCAGGCCCGGGCCCCAAGUCCUCAACCGCUGCCGCAUGAACGCCAUCUCCGGCUGGCAGGCCUUCUUCCCGGUCCACUUCCAGGAGUUCAGCCCCGCCCUGGCACCACAGAGAUCUCCCCAAGGGCCCCCGGGGGCCGGCCCCGACCCCCCGUCCCCUCCUGGUGCUGACCCUGCCCGGGGGGCUCCCGCUGGGGGCAGGUUUGACCGACAGGCCUCCGCAGAGGGCUGCUUCUACAACGCUGACUACCUGGCGGCCCGAGCCCGGCUGGCUGGUGAACUGGCAGGCCAGGAAGAGGAGGAAGCCCUGGAGGGGCUGGAGGUGAUGGAUGUUUUCCUCCGGUUCUCAGGGCUCCACCUUUUCCGGGCCGUGGAGCCAGGGCUGGUGCAGAAGUUCUCCGUGCGUGACUGCAGCCCUCGGCUCAGCGAGGAGCUCUACCACCGCUGCCGCCUCAGCAACCUGGAGGGGCUGGGGGGCCGCGCGCAGCUCGCCGUGGCGCUGUUUGAGCAGGAGCAGGCCAACAGCACCUAGCGCGGCCCGGGGCCCUGCGCCGCCUCCGCUUACAGCCCUUCCGGCCUUAGCCGGGCAAGGCGGCGGACAGAUGGAGGGCUUGUUGCUGUAUUUCUGAAUAAGACAAUGUUAUUAAAAGUGUCUUCUGCCGAA